CUUUAUGUGUCGGGUAGUUAAUAGUCAUCUUCCCAUAAAAACAUAAUCAAGAAAAACCUCGUCAGUUAAUCCAUCAAUGGGGAACUGUGCGUUCAGAGGAAUCACCAAAGCUGAAGGUGCUUGGGAAAAGGAUAAGAUGGUGAAGGUCAUCACCCCAAACGGAGGCAUCAUGGAGCUCUACACCCCCAUAACCGCCGACUGCAUAACCAACGAGUUUUCCGGCCACGGAAUAUUCCAAAGCCGCCGCGAAUUGUUCUCGGAGCCGCUCCACCGUGAUGAUGAGCUUCAUGCCGGGGAGCUCUACUACCUUCUCCCUCUCGACCCUUCUUGCAGGUUGUCAUCCACCAAGAACAUCGCCAGACAACUUUCCAACAACGCCGCCGCCAGUGCGACCUUAACGCCGUACAGAAUGUGUACCUAUGAUAACAACAGCAGUAGGAUGUGGUCGGAAACCGGUGAAGUGUUUCCGAGGAAAGGAGUGUGGAAGGUGAAAUUGGCAAUAAGCCCGGAACAGCUAGCGGAGAUAUUGUCGCAGGAGUCACAGACGGAGGCGUUCGUGGAGAGCUUGAGGACCGUGGCAAAGUGCGGCAAUGGGGUGCUGUCGGCGCCGAAUUCUGAUCACUCAACUGCCUGUGACUGAAAAUCAAGGUUUAGAGAUGCUUAAAAGUGUGCUCUUUUAUUGUUUAUUUGAUUUUCACAAUUCACAGGGUUAAUCUUCAGUCUUUCACAUGUUUCUUUUUUAUUAAGAUCGUGAUUACACACUAUUAUUCAGAUUACUGAGCAUGUAAUAUAAAGUUUAA